AUGAUAAUGAUAUAUUUUAUUGUUAUACGGUUUCAGUGCUAUUUAGUGUAACGUCACUAAGCUGAUACACUUUCACUCUUUAGAUAACUGGGGCUGCACACUAGGCUCCCCAUAUCCAGCCGACGGUAGUUCACCAAACCCAAUGUUUAGACAGUGAGUGUAACUAACGUUUAGAAAUCGUUAAACAAGAAGCAAUUAAUAUAAAGGAUGACGUUAAAUUAACACAACAGAAAAAAUACAAUCAUCUCAGCCACCUUGCCAAGACACUCGUAACGAGGUAGCCUAACUUUUUCUGUGGAAACUCUAGCCAAGUGAACUGGAUAGCAUGCCACCAGUGUGAACACACGCCUUCCAGCCGCUUGUUUACUAUCCUAUGGAGCCGAAUGGCGCUACGGUACUGCUCAAAUUGGUUUUCUGAUGGGGCCACGGUAAUAAUUCUCCGUCGUUAUAUAUAUAUAUAUAUAUAUGCAUUUAGUUAGACAAAGCCUGGUAUUCCUGUGAUAAUGGAUGACUCGAAGCCACGGUACAGCAAAAGGCUGCGGGCCGGCACCCGGCGCCGUUACCAUGAUGAUGGCAUCUCAGAUGAGGAGAUAGAUGGACGGAGGAUGUUUGACCUGGAGGAAAAAGUCAGCAGUCAGAGGUUCAGCUCUGACCGGGUUAUUCGCAUGGAGGGAAAAGACUUGACAUAUGAGUACGUCCAGAGAGGUGGCCUGAGGGACCCCAUCAUCCUUGAGAAGCCUGAUGGACUGGGACUAAAGAUGCCUGAUCUUGAUUUCAGUGUCAAUGAUGUCAAGAUGUUUGUUGGUAGCAGACGUAUGAUAGAUGUGAUGGACGUGAGCACUCAGAAAGGGACAGAGAUGUCCAUGGCUCAGUGGACACGUUACUACGAGACCCCUCCGUCUCAGAGAGAGAAGCUAUAUAAUGUCAUCAGCUUGGAGUUCAGCCAUACCAAGCUGGAGAACCUGGUCAAGAGACCUACCACAGUAGAUCUAAUAGAUUGGGUGGACAACAUGUGGCCUCGUCACCUGAAAGAGAGACAGAGAGACUCCACCAACUCCAUCAAUGACAUGCAGUACCCUAAAGUGCAGAAAUACUGUCUGAUGAGUGUCGAGGGCUGCUACACAGACUUUCACAUCGACUUUGGAGGGACAUCGGUGUGGUACCACAUAUUGAGAGGAAGCAAGGUGUUCUGGCUGAUCCCUCCCACCCCUCAGAACCUGGAGCUGUAUGAGAACUGGGUGUUGUCGGGGAAACAGGGAGAUGUUUUCCUCGGAGACCGUGCAUCUGAAUGCCAGAGGAUCGAACUGAAGCAGGGUUGCACCUUCAUCAUACCCUCAGGUUGGAUUCAUGCCGUCUACACCCCAGUGGACUCUAUGGUGUUUGGUGGCAACUUCCUACACAGUUUCAACAUCCCAAUGCAACUUAACAUUUGUAAUAUAGAGGACAGAACACGGGUUCCAGUAAAGUUUCGGUACCCCUUCUAUUACGAGAUGUGCUGGUACGUGUUGGAGCGCUAUGUAUUCAGCCUAACCAAGACCUCCUACCUAACACCAGAAUUUCAGAAACACUCCCUUGGCAUCGGUCUGAAGAAGCCGCCUGGUGCUGAAAUAGCCAGUGAGCAGGUAAAUGAGGAGGAGGAGUCUCAUGGCAGUGAUGAAGAGGCCUCAGAGCAGCAGGCUCAAAAGCCUGCAGUUAAAGUUCAUCUGACUCCCCUUGAGGUAGAGGGAAUGUGGAACCUGUUGGGUAAACUUGAGGCUCUGCCCUCCAAUAAGAAGUGUGUCCCAGCGGGAAUACACAACGCACCGGCCCUCAUCACACACAUCAAGGCUCUACUAAAGGAGCACACCAAUGACAAUCCCAAACUGUCCUACACAGGAAAACCCAUUGUCAGAUGGCCAAAGAGACCCUCAUGGUACCAGCCUCCUCCUCCUCCACCGCCUCCGCCUCGCCCUAAAUUGGCCACCACUCCCAUCAUCCCACGACCACAGAAACCGGCUUCCUCCAUGUCUGUCCUGAGACGGCGCAGGGUCAGGUGUAAGCGCUGUGAAGCCUGUAUGAGACCAGAAUGUGGAGACUGUAACUUCUGCAGAGACAUGAAGAAGUUUGGAGGACCAGGGAAGCUUAAGCAGACCUGUGUGCUACGACAGUGUCUCUCUCCGGGACUUCCUCUGUCUGCAGUGUGUGAGAUCUGCAAGGAGCCCAAUCAGGAGGAAAGUGGAGACUCCUCCCUCACUCUGAUGGAGUGUUCUAACUGUGCACAGAUAGUCCACCCUGCCUGCCUCAUGGUACAGGGUGAAGGACUGGUGAAUAAAGACCUGCCCAGCUGUUGGGAGUGUCCAAAGUGUGUCCAAGGGAUCACUGAUCCAGAGUCAUCAGGCAGUGAUGAAUCGUUGGCUGCAGGCCACCAACAGCACAUCCGUCCCCACGGCCCCCUGGUCCUCAGGCUGGGCCCUGGGCCCUCUGCUACCAUAGGGGGUCCUUUGGGCUCCCAGCAGGAUGGGGAGGUGGUCCACUGUGGUUUCUUCCCUCCUCCUCCUCCUCCUCCUCCUCCUCCUCCUCCUCUUCCUUGCUGCUCCUCCUCCUCAGCGUCACUUCUAUUGGUGGCGGCCCCUCUGCCCUCUCAGCCAAUCAGCUCGAGACUGUCGAAAGGAGACAAAGGUGAAGGCCUGUCAGUGAAGCGGAAAUCUUCCUCCCUGCUGGAUGCUCGAAUGGCUAAGAUUUACAGACGACAGAGACACAGCCGAGAUGGAGAUGAUUCUGCCAGUGAUGAUGAUGAUGAUGAUGAUGAUGAUGAAGCAUCUCAGAGAAGAAAGAUGGUACUCCAUGCACGAGGGGGGGGACACUCUUCUAGGAGGGGCUUUGGUGCCAACAGGAGAGGCCUGCUGAGAGGGGGCUCGGCCCACAGAGGAAGCAGGGGAGGCCUCUUGACUCCUGGCUCCUCCUCCGUCCUCAAGCUUAAGCGAGGGAUGGGCAUGAGAGAGAGUGGACGAAGGGGGCGAGGGGUGAGGCUGCGGGGAGGCUCCAGGAUGCAGCGAAGAGGAGACGAGUCCGAAGAGUCAGACGAUGAUGAUGACGAUGACGACGAUGACGAUGACGAUGACGAAGAAGAGGAGGACAGUGAAGACGGAGGCAAAGAUAGACGGCUUCGUCGACGUAGGAGGCAGCGCAGGACUGAUGAUGAUGAAGAUGAGGACAGUGAGGGGCAGGACUUUGACCCUGAAGAGGAGGAGAUGGACACGCUGGAAGAAGAUGAGGAGGAGGAGUUGGAGGAAGAGGAGGAAGGACACUGGGAUUCAGACCCGGAACCCCCAGUCCUCCUGGUGUCUGAUCUGAGUGAUGACCUGCUGAGUGGCUCCUAUCUGACUGUCACUCUACAGCGCCCCCAUAAGGCCAAGAGACAAUCUGGCUCCAUAGUUCCAAAGCUAGAAGCAGCGAUGGGUCCGAGGACAGCUGCAGUGGGUGCUGGUGGUCAGCAGGGCUUCAUUCAGAGAAAGACAGCUCUUUCCAAGCCUUCACGUCUCAAGAGUGCUGACGCCACAGCUGACAGCAUGACCCCGAGAGGACCUGGCAGGCCGCGUCUGCGUGGUAACCAUGGCGACAGAGGCACUAGAGAUCACUCUGGAUCUUCUUCAGAGGAAGAGGAAGCUUCUGCUCCUUCUGCACCCUUCUCCCUGUCUCCCCCAUCCCUGCUGUCUCUGCCUUCUUUUAAGGAUGUAGGCAAUGAGAGGGGAGGAGAGAAGGAGGUCUGGGUGUCAGUGUUCACAUACUUGAAUAGAGCUGAGCUGCUUGCCUGCAUGACUGUCUGUAAGGCCUGGUACAAGUGGAGCUGUGACAAGCGUCUGUGGAGCCAUGUGGACGUGAGUCGCUGCAGUCCGCUCACUAACCAGGCGCUGGCAGGCAUCAUCAAACGCCAACCCACCUCUCUGGAUCUGUCCUGGACUCCUCUAGCCAAGAGACAACUCAACUGUCUGCUCACCAGGCUCCCAGGUCUGAGGGAAUUGAGGGUGACUGGUCUGUCCUGGUCCUGUCUGUCAGCCCUGGUCUCCCCAACUCUGCCCUGCCUGCGGCUGCUGGAUCUGCGCUGGUGUGAAGGCCUUAAAGACACCCAGAUCAAAGAGAUAAUCAGCCCGCCUGGUUCUGAGUCAUCUCGCAGCAGACUGAGGAACAUGAUUACACUUCGUCUUUCUGGCCUGGAUAUCAGUGAGUCCACUCUGAGGCUACUGCAGCGCCACAUGCCACAGCUGGAGAGGCUUGACCUGGCUCACUGCAAAGACAUAACGGACUCAUCCAUCACUCUGCUGGCAGCAGCUGGGACCCACACCCGCAACAACCUCACUGAACUCACACUGGCAGGUUGCAGUGAGCUGACUGAUGGCUGCCUGUCCUACCUGAAGCGUCUCUCAGCUCUGACUCUACUGGACCUCAGAGGCUGUAAGAGCAUCAGCAGACGAGCCUGUGAUGCCUUCAUCUCUGACCUGUCCCACGUCUCCCUCUUCUGUAUGAUGGAGGAGAAGCUCAUCCAGCGCAUAGACUAACACACAGCUUGAAACAGCUGUUAGAGAGGGGAAUGUAUUUUUCUAUAUGCUCAGCUGAUGUGUCGUUUUCUUCCAAAUACAAAGAGAGUCAGCUGAUAAAAACAUUAAGCCUGACUAAACAGCUCUUAAAAUCUCACUAUCUUCUGAUUCAAAAGGUAAAUAAAGACCUCUGUGGGGUUGUGGGAAGGUGUAAUUUUUUCACUGAUGAUGGAGCCAGGCUAGCAGUAUCCCCUUGUCUCAAGUUGAAAUUUGUAUAAAUCUUUUCAUUUGCAAGUCCACAAACAUUUCCCUUAGAAUAUUCCUUCAAAGGUCUAACUCACAUGGACCAAAGAUUUUUGUGACCUUUGAGGUUUCCUUUCUCUUCGUAUCUUCUGUCAUUGCUGGAGUGAAAACACCUUUACUUUAUACAGACACAGGAUGGAGUUACUUGAAAAUGAGGUCUUGUAAUUAUUUUUUGGAGUAAAAUGUUGGAGGAAAGAAACAAGCUGUUUGUCCACUGAACUUGAACAAAGUGGGCAUUGAUCUACGUGGACAUUGAUGUUGAUGCAGUGCUAUUCUGUGUGUGAACAGUUUCCAUGUGUAUGUGUUCAUUUUUUUUUUAUAUUCCUAAACUGAAUUGUUCAAUGCUUUGUUUAGUAGCUGAAGCAUUAUGUUAACCACAUAAAGUAACUUGAAAUACAA